ACGUGUGCAGCCAGCGGGCCCAGCCCAGGAAGAACGAGGAAGAGGGGGUCCUCGACCCCACCCCAGGCUGCGCUCCAGAGAGGAGGGAGGAGCGCCGGGGAGGCCCCAGGCUGGGACCGCCUUUUGUUUUUCUUCGUUUGCGGGGCUGGGCAUCGAACCCACCACUGCGCACCUAGGCGCGCCGCCCUUGCGCUACGCCGCAGCCCGGGACUUGGGGGCGCCAGGCGGGGCGGGCGGGCGCUCGCGAGCCCGGGUCCCGGGAGGCGGGACCUCAGCGGCGUCCGGCGGGCUUCCUGGAGGAGGGCCCGGGAGGGCGGGCCCCUCUUCCUCGGGCACUCGGCCGCCUCUAGCGCCGCGGGCCAGCGUCACCGGCUACCAGCCCCCGGGGGCGCGCCUUGCCGGAAGACUCCGCGGCCAGGCCGGCGCGCCGCCACCUGCCGCCGCCGCUCGCCGGGGCGGCACUUUGUCCUCGGUCCCCGGCGGCCGCCGGCCACGCCCCUCGGCCGGGCGGGGCGGGGCUCCGACUGGUUCCUGGCGUUCCGCGGCAGCGGCGGCGGCGGCGACAUGGAGAGCGGGGCCUACGGCGCGGCCAAGGCGGGCGGCUCCUUCGACCUGCGGCGCUUCCUGGCGCAGCCGCAGGUGGUGGCGCGCGCCCUGAGCAUGGUCUUCGCCUUGAUCGUGUUCUCUUGCAUCUUCGGUGAGGGCUACAGCAACACCCCCGAGUCUUCCCAGCUGUACUGUGUGUUCAAUCACAACGAGGACGCCUGCCGCUACGGCUCCGCCAUUGGCGUGCUAGCCUUCCUGGCCUCGGCCUUCUUCUUCGUGGUCGAUAUCUAUUUUCCCCAGAUCAGCAAUGCCACUGACCGCAAAUACCUGGUCAUUGGCGACCUGCUCUUCUCAGGGCACACUGGCUUCCCUGGCCUACCAGCGCUACAAGGCCGGAGUGGACGCUUUCAUCCAGAACUACGUGGACCCCACCCCAGACCCCAACACAGGCUACGCCUCCUACCCCAGCGCAUCCGUGGAUAACUACCAGCAGCCGCCCUUCACUCAGAGCGCGGAGACCACGGAGGGCUACCAGCCGCCUGCUGUGUACUGAGGGGGCAGGGGAGGCGCCCAGGGCCACGCCUCUGCCCUGGACUUUCCCCCAGGCCUGCCUCCUGGCGCUGCAGCCCCUCCCCUGGCUCCCACCUGCUGCAGCUGACAGCCGAGGGGGCCGGCCUCCGCAGCCUGCCUGUCCCUGGCAGAGCACACCCAAGUGCCUGUGCCCACAGGGGCUUUGCAGUCAUCACCCACUUGGGCAUUUUUUAGGAAAGGGUUUUUAGUUAGACGUUUUCUCAUUGCCUUUUUUUUUUUUUUUUUUUUUUUUUUGCAGUGCUGGGGCUUGAACCCAGGGCCUUGCAUAUGCUAGGCAAGCGCUCUACCACUGAGCUACACCCCCAACCCUCCAUGCUUCUGAUGGCUUGCUAACCCCGCUGGAGUGGCCAGAAGCAGGACGGUGUGGCUGAUGUGCCGCUUUGCCAAGGGCCCCGGCAUCCCCAUCCUGAAGGAGCCCAGCCCCGCCUCGGGCUGCAGUAGCCAGUUAUUUGGAUUUUCUGCCAAAGACAGAGGUUGGGAGCCCUCACAUCCGUGUCUGGUGCUGGCUCAGGCUCCCUCCUCUUCACUCAGGUCUGCCACCCUUGUCCCUUGCCUGGCCUCAGGCUGGGCCAAGCUCACUGCUGAACCCUCUGGGGUCACCACUGUGCCACCCACCUCUGGGCUGGCUCCCUCCCUGACAGCCACAGGGGUGGGGCUGCUGCCACCCCAGGCAGGGCUGGACAGCACUUCCUUCUUGCUCCUCUCAGGGCAGCAGGGAGGGAUUUUGCCUGAUGAUAACACCCAGCUUUAUGUAAAUAUUCUGCAACUUUAGUUAGGGGGCAUGGGGAGGGCAUGGGCACCCGCACUAUUCGAAUGUACUCAAAAGCCUUGGGAGAAGAUGCCCUUGCCCUUUGGUUGAGACUGGAUUGGAGAUGGAAUAAAUGGUUUUCUUUCAGUU